AGCGGUGGCUUCUAGCGUGUUCACGAUCACGGCGAUGUCUGUGGACCGGUACCUGGCCAUCACGCAGUCCCUCCGUCAACCUUGGAUGCCUUCGCGGCGAGGAGCCUGUCUCCUGCUCGCGGUGCUGUGGCUGGUCGCCUUCGUUAUCUUCGCGCCUUUACUGGUAGUUGCAUCCGUGGAGAGGGAAGUCGUACCUUUACUCUCCAGAACUGAAAAUGGGUCUAUACUGGUGGAGAGCAGUAUCGAGUUUUGCACAGAAAAGUGGCCUAACUCAAUAAACAAGGAAUUGUUCGGCGCAUUCAGCUUUGUUCUGGUGUAUGCAAUCCCAGGUUCAAUCGUAGUGGUAUCAUACUCGUUGAUGGGCCGGCGGCUGUGCUCGGUGCUGCCGCCAUUCGACCAAACGGAGGGCAGCGCCAACAGUCAACAGCGUUUGCGGCUGGUGCGGGAGAGGAAGCGCGUGGCGUGGAUCCUGCUGCUGCUGGCGGUGCUGUUCGCGCUGUGCUGGCUGCCGUACAACAUCCUGCAACUCCUCAUCGACGUCAAUGCAGUGCAAAUCGACUCCGGAGCUUUGUUCCUGCCAUACACAUUGCUUCUUGGUCACGCAAAUUCCGCCAUCAACCCAAUAGUGUACUGCCUGAUGACGCGCAACUUCCGGCGCUCGCUGCGCAAGCUGCUCUGCCAACACCCCGGUAACAUACACUCUACUACUCACCUCCACAUGCAAGGGUUACGUCAAAAGUCCAACACGUCUAGCAUGAGGACCACCACCGUCACCUUCCGCAGCAGCGCCAACCAGAGCGCCAACCACAGCGCCAGGCACAGCGGCAGGCAGAGCGCGCGCGCUCCUCACACCGCGCAGUGCCAGCAGACACCUGUCUGGAAAGAUCGACACCAGGCACGCUCUGCGCAGUACCUUUAAACUUACACUUUAUAUGCAAAUAGUGAUUAAUGAUAUUGUUCCGAGAAUUAUAAAUAUCGUCUAAAAUGUAAUGGAAACAGAUUCAAAAAUAUAUAUGUAUAGGACACAUCGUUGACACUUCACUUUAGGAAUAUUUCACAUGACCCAGUAUUUAUCUGUUGAUAGCUCCUCA